GUGGCGUGUGGGUAUUGUAGUCCAGUUUUUACCCUGUUGAACGACAAUCUAAUCAGCGCACUCCGGCCUGAAGGCGACAGAGGGUUGCCAUGGAAACGCGUUGAGAAGGCAUUUCCUGAAAAGACGCUUGGAAGUAAGGGGCGGAGUUGAGGGGGGAAAAAUGAUAAUAUGACCUCUCUCUGAUAGGUGGAGAGAUGCCUCGUAGUUCAUCCCUCCUUACGAUUGGCUCCAAAUUGGCACAUGCGCAAUAGAACCAGGAGCCUUCCAAAAGAGGGUGGAAUUGGGAUGGACGAUGAGGAAAUAAUCCCUCCCCGGCACGACCCGAGGGCGGUCUGGCGGUCAGCAGCGCCUGCGCGGGCGCUGUCCUCCCUCCGGGUGGAGGAUGCGCGCGCAGCCCGUUCCGCCACCCGGAAGUUUGCGCGGGACAGCUAAGAAGGAUACUGUUAAGAUGGAUUUGCCAGCCCAGUGAAUCUGAGGGCCAGACUGUGACCCCAUAAAAGCAUGAUCACCUUCUGUCCAGACUGUGGCAAAAGUAUGGAAGCAGCAUUCAGAUUCUGCCCCUACUGCGGAAAACCUUUGUCUGAGCCAUGUUUUGAGCAUGAAAGCCCCCAGACCCUUGUCAGACCGAUUACGUCAUCCUGCCAAGGCUCAAGGAGACAGAGCAGUGCCAGUCCUGAAAUCCCUUCCAAGAGAGUGAAAUGGUCCAGCUCUGUCACCUCCCCCUCAUCAUCCUGCUGCUUGGUUGGUGACAGUUCUGGGUCUAAAGGUACUGUGAGAUCCAAAGGGUCCUGGAGCAGACCCCCAACCCCCAAAAGCAGCCCACAGGCGACCAAGCGAAGCCCGCAGGCGACCAAGCGAAGCCCACAGGCGACCAAGAGAAGCCCGCAGGCGACCAAGCGAAGCCCACAGGCGACCAAGCAAAGCCCGCAGACACUGAAGCGGAGCCGGGUGACUACCUCACUUGAGGCUCUGCCCACAGGGACGGUGGUGACAGACAAGAAUGGGCGGCACUGGAAGCUGGGACCCCUCCAGACCAGGGACGACCAGGGCAUUCUCUAUAAAGCUGAGGCUAUCUCCACCUUCGCCUGCAAGUCAAGUCAGAAACAGACAUUCUCGCUUAAACUCGAUGCCAAGGAUGGGCGCUUGUUCAACGAGCAGAACUUCUUCCAGCGGGCCGCCAAGCCUUUGCAAGUGAACAAGUGGAAGAAGCUGAACACAGUCCCCCUACUGGCCGUCCCCACCUGUGUCGGUUUUGGUAUUCACCAGGACAAGUACAGGUUCUUGGUGUUUCCCAUGCUGGGGAGGAGCCUUCAGUCGGCCCUGGAUGACAACCCAAAGCAUGUAAUGUCGGUAAAGUCUGUGUUCCAGAUGGCCUGCCGGCUGCUGGAUGCCCUGGAGUUCCUCCAUGAGAAUGAGUACGUCCAUGGAAAUGUGACAGCUGAGAACAUCUUUGUGAAUCCAAAGGACCUGAGCCAGGUGACGCUGGCAGGCUACAGCUUCGCCUUCCGCUAUGCCCCUGGCGGCAAACACGUGGCCUAUGUGGAAGGCAGCAGGAGCCCACAUGAGGGGGAUCUUGAGUUCAUUAGCCUUGACCUGCACAAGGGAUGUGGGCCUUCCCGCCGCAGUGACCUCCAGACCCUGGGCUACUGUUUGCUGAAGUGGCUCUACGGGAUCCUGCCGUGGACAAACUGCCUUCCCAACAUCGAGGGUAUCAUGAAGCUGAAACAGAAGUUUCUUGACAACCCGGAGACCCUCGUGGGACGGUGCAGUCGUUGGACCUGUCCCUCAGAGACCCUGCAGGAGUACAUGAAGGUGGUGAUGAGCCUCGGGUAUGACGAGAAGCCGCCCUACGCCAUGCUGAGGAACAAUCUAGAAGCACCGCUGCGGGAUCUGUGGGUGUCAGCCUACGACCCCGUGGACGUCCACAUGGUUCCAUAGAACUUUUGACUCGAGGUUUGAAAUGGAAAAAACAAAACAAGAAAUGUGACUCAAGGGCUGCCGUAGUAUCACAGAUAUGCUUCUAGAAAGAUCCCUUGAAUGUGCAUGCCUGCUUUAAGCAACACUUUGAAUCAGUCUUGCUUAGCAUCAGGGAACCCACAGUUAAGCUCCAGACAAUGUGAAUUCCUCCGUUCGACUGUCCCGUCCUUUCAGCUAUCAUCUCCCGCCAGCCACUGGGGUUGUAGACAGAGAAGACCCUGAAACUCAUGGUGGGGGAUGAGCCACCCCCCUCAGUGGGGACCCGUCCUGCUACUCUUGGCACCUUUGGUAAUAAAUUGUUUCACUGCAGUUGGAGAGUUGAGUGUCUGCAAAAGGAGUUCCUUUUGGAAAAGUUUACCUUCUUUUUUUCUCCAUCUGUCCAUCCUUUCAACCUUUCCUCCACCUAUCCAAAGUUUCAUGCAGAUAUCCAUCCUUCCUUCCUUCCUUCCUUCCUUCCUUCCUUCCUUCCUUCCUUCCUUCCUUCCAUCCAUCCACCCAUCCAUUCUUACGUUCAUCCAACAAACCACCCAUCUACCCAUCCAUUUAUCCAGCCAUCUACCCAUCCAUUUAUUCAUCCAUCCAUCCACCCACCCAUCUUUCCAUCCAUCAUCCAUCCUUCCAUCCAUCCAUCCAUCUUGCCACCCAUCCUUCUAUCCAUCCAUCCAUUCUUCCAUUCAUCCACCCAUCAUUUUUCCAGCCAUCCACCCAUCCAUUUAUUUAGCCAUCCAUUUAUCUAUCCAGUCAUCAGCCAUCUGUAUAUCAAUCCAUCCAUCCAUUUAUCCACCCAUCCAUCCUUCCACAUACUUUUCCAUCAUCCACCCUCCCACCCACCUUUCAUCCUUUCAUCCAUCUGCUCAUUCUCCCAUCCAUGUACCCUUCCUCUUCCAUACGUUUACCCUUCUUUGUAUGAAACAAAUAUUCAGCAGGCAUAUCUUGACACUCAAGGAUCAAGCCCCACAUCGGGCUCCCUGCUCAAGGAGGAUCCCAAUGAACAAGAUACACUGAGGUCCUUGAGCUAAUGGAGCCUCCAGUCAAGUGGAAGGAGAAGGCAUUAAAUGAGACAACUUUGGGUUGUGCUCCACACGCUGGAGAGAAGGCACAGUGCUGUGAUGGAGACCAAGGGUCCCAGGGAGGGGAGGCGCAUUUGCAGAGAGCCUGGAUAGAAGUGGUGGAGGAAGCAAGCACAGCCGACCCCCUCCCUGGGAGUGUGAGACCUGGGCAGUGGCCAUGGCUAGAGGAAGGGAGGGCCUGUGGACAGAUUUUGGAGGAAGCCCAACCAGCAGCGUGUGGUCAGUGACUAGACUGGAAGGGAUUCAGAACAGAGGGAUACACUCACCUCCCAGAUUUGGUCUUGAGGAUCUGGAAUCAUCCACCAGUACUUUUUCUUUUUUAAAGAUUUUAUUUAUUUAUUUGAAGAGAGAGCGAGAUAGCACAAGCAGGGGGAACAGUAGAGGGAGAGGGAGAAGCAGGCUCCCCGCCAAGCAGGGAGCCCAAUGUGGGGCUCGAUCCCAGCACCCUGGGAUCAUGACCUGAGCUAAAGGCAGACACUUAACCAUCUGAGCCACCCAGGCGCCCCUCAUCCACCAUUACUUUGGCAUGGGGGAGGUCAGAGGCCGGGUCGGGGAAGAACCUGCUCUGAUUCUCCCCGAUUCUUGCCUGCUCAGGGGACGCAGGGGAGAUUAGCAGACUGAUCAUUUCCUACUUGAAAGCAGAUGUGUACAGCGCUUUCCAGAAGGGGAUGUUCCUCAAUGAGAGAGAAAACCCACCUGAAAAUCUCCUGCUUAAAGAGCCUCUCUGUUCACAAGUCCACAAGAAUAGGGACGUCAGCUGCCCUUCAGGGCCCCAUAUCAGGUCACAGGAUGGUCACGGUGUCGACAUCUGGCCCUUCCAUCCCCCUGCCAUUUGGUGCACUUGCCCACAGCCCCUCUGUCCUCUGUCUUCUGCCCUCUGCCCUCGUCUCUGAGCGAGCAAAGUCAGCUGGGACCCAGUGUUGCUCAGGCAGCAGGAGAAUCGCACGACCAGGCAGAGCAGGGAGAGUUUAGACAGUUUCCCUCUGCCCCCAAACCCGCUUUUGUCUGUCUAUAGAGCCCAGGUUCUGGACCUUGCGUGUCUUGGCAUCUUGUCCCCCGACCUCUGCAAGAGGAGGGUAUUGUCAUCUGCAUUAGAGGAGAAUCACAUGGCCCAGGGGAGUGGGAAUGACUCACAUGCCACCCUGCGGUGGAUGGUGGCUGGACCCCAUUUGUCCUCUACACCUCGCCUCUGCCCCCACGUGGAACUCUGGCCCAAAGUUAAUCAGAUGUUCAUGGUACAGGGGCUGGUGGUGGGUUUUUUGGAGCGGGAUUUUUGUUUGUUUGUUUUUUAAUAACUUUUACUACAGGUCGCCUGGGUGUCUCAGUCGGUUAAGCAUCUGCCUUCGGCUCAGGUCAUGAUCCCGGGGUCCUGGGAUCAAGCCCCACAUCGGGCUCCCUGCUCAGUGGAGAGACUGAUUCUCCCUCUCCCUCUGCUCCUUCUCUCUCUCACUCUCUCAAAUAAAUGAAUAAAAUCUUAAAAAAAUAGGGCGCCUGGGUGGCUCAGUUGGUUAAGCGACUGCCUUCGGCUCAGGUCAUGAUCCUGGAGUCCCAGGAUCGAGUCCCGCAUCGGGCUCCCUGCUCAGCAGGGAGUCUGCUUCUCCCUCUGACCCUCCUCCCUCUCAUGCUCUCUGUCUCUCAUUCUCUCUCUCUCAAAUAAAUAAAUAAAAUCUUUUUUAAAAAAUCUUAAAAAAAUAAAUAAUUUUUACUACAGGACACCUGUGAGCCUUCAGUAAAUGCAGGUAUGUGGUGUGUCUCCAAGAGGGAUCCCCAGUAAGCAGCUGGGAAGGACAAAAUCAUUUCCCCUGACUUCUGAAAUACUUUUCUUGUGAUCAAAGCUUGUUUCUAAGACUUGUACAAGUAGAAUCCCUUCCAGAUGAGACCCCAGAAACAAUAGCAAAUGUUCACGGAGACUCCCUUACUGAGGUUAAAAAAACAAAACUCCACCAAGCAAAAUUUAAAGAUCUUAUUGGCUCUAGUCCAUGAUUCAUGAAUUGGGCAGCAUCCAAUGGAGCAAAUAGGUGUUCCAGGGAGCUGGACGAAGUGAAAGACUUCUAUGGGCCGAAGGGGGCGGGAGCAAGGAAGUUGUAGGAGGCCAAAAAACAGGUUGCUUGUUGCAAGUUUGCUUUCCUUCAGGGGUCUGUCAGGCAAAUUACCUGACUGGUGCCGAUCAGGGCGAUUCCUGAGUGACUCAGAUUUCGCAUCUGAGAGAGCCGAAACUGUAUGCCCGGAUUUGGGGACAUGGGGCUUAGCAUAAGCACCUCCAUGUUGGGACUGUUGUCCUAUUUUUUUUAUUUUUUUAUUUUUUUUUUUAAGAUUUUAUUUAUUUAUUUGAGAGAGAGAGAAUGAGAGAGAGAGAGAGCACAUGAGAGGGGGGAGGGUCAGAGGGAGAAGCAGACUCCCUGCCGAGCAGGGAGCCCGAUGCGGGACUCGAUCCCGGGACUCCAGGAUCAUGACCUGAGCCGAAGGCAGUCGCUUAACCAACUGAGCCACCCAGGCGCCCUGUUGUCCUAUUUUUCACAAUGAGUUGGCAGUAAACAGGAAGAAUUUUACUGCUUUUGAUGGGAGAUACUACAAAUAUAAAUUUUGCUGGCUGUUUGUGGGAGAUGUAGACAAUAUUUAUUCAAAGCAGGAUUCUGUGGGAGGCAUUGGCUGCCCUGCCUUUCUACACAAUGCUGCUCAAACAGCCUCGUGGGCUCUUCUACUGACACUGAAGUGUCGGGCAACUGUUUUCUUACCCCUUGUGCUGUUGCAACUGAGGGAUCAAAGGAUUGUGGCGAUUUGUUUGUAUUUGCAGAAUUUUUCAAUUCUCUCUCA